CCGCUUUGUACGUACUUGAACGUAUCAUCCGCAUGUUCAUUUACUGCCCCGCAACGUUAGCGUGGAUAGUGCUGUGAUGUACCACGUCAACGUUCGUGGCAAUGCGCAACGACCCGACUGACAUGCCGAACAGACGCCUAACCCUCAAGAGUAACGGCACCAACCAAUGGCUGAUUCCACGGAAUUAGUGUCACCCAGAGGCAUAUAACAAGAUAAUGAGGUGAAAUCGGAAUCAACUCUUCUCGCAUUCCUCGUACCCGUCAUGGGCAAGUUUUACGAGUCCAUUCCUCCCAACCUCAUCAAAUGGAUUGAGGCGCAACAAAUGUUCUGGGUGGCCACCGCACCGCUCAGCGGUGACGGGCACGUCAACGUCUCGCCAAAAGGCCUCCGAGGGUCCCUCCACGUCGUAGACGAGAACCAGGUGUGGUACGAAGACAUGACAGGAAGCGGUAGCGAGGCUGCGGCCCACCUGCGGGAGCCCGGGAACGGGCGUAUCACCCUCAUGUUCAGUGCAUUCGAUAGUACGCCGAGGAUCCUGAGGCUCUUCGGCCAGGGCACCGUGCAUGAAUUCGGUACACCAGAAUACGAAGAACGCCUCCCUCAAGGCGUCCGCAGGCCAGGAUCGCGGUCAGCCAUCGUCGUAGACAUCCACAAAGUCGGCACGUCCUGCGGCUUUGGCGUACCACUGUACAACUUCAUCGCGCACCGUCCGAUGCUCCUCGAUUUCGCUGCGAUGUUGGAGAGCCGCGAUCGUGAAGUUGAGACCGCCAGUGGCGACACAAGCGCGGACGCUGGUUCACCUCCACCAACAUCCGACAAGGGCCUGAAGGCGUACUGGAGAAAGGAGAACAUGAAGAGCAUAGACGGUCUACCAGCACUCACCUCCGCUCCUGUGUCCAGCGUGACCCCCAUUCACGCGCCGCCCGACGGUUCGUGGGGCAAGAAGGAUAAGGACAAGUCGAUGGCUGCGUCCACGUCUGUAAAGCAAGAACAAGUCGCGGUGAAGAGUGCCGGCAUCGCAGGAAGCGGUUUGAAUAACCAGGAGGUGAUGCGCCUCGUCUUAGCGUUCUCCAUGGGUCUCGCAGUAGCGGCUGUGUAUGUGCAGCUCGCUGGUGUCGUCUGCUAGAUCUUGGGAUUCGUCCGUUACUGGGUUCUUCUGUAUUUUACGGUUGCUCGUCACAUAUUUACUACCCCACUCACUUAGGCUUUGUCACGUAUGAUCACGAUUCCCGAGCAGCAUGAGCGUGUGCUCUAUGUAUGACACACAGCGACAGGAAGAAGGCAGAAGCAUGAUGAUUUUUCACGUCGACCCAACGCGGAUUGUGGUUCGCAGCGACGUAUGCUGAGCUAUGCUCCUCGAUUGCUCGUCAAUUAUCUGGAAUGUGGGACUUCCUGCUGGACACUGCAUAUGAGGAGUGGACGUCCCUCCACAGACAAGGUACUGCGCGGGCCCGGAUA